GUAUGUGAAAGGGUUUUAUACAGUAAUGUUUUACUAUGUAAUUUUAGUGAUUUUAGUGAAUGUCACUUUUUGUCAUUUUCAAAUUUCCCGCGUUCCGUCCCCCGUACGUCCCGACGUCGCAGGAACGGAGCCCAGAUAACAGAUGCCGGCAUCCGCCGGAUUACAUUGCCGGGGACACUGCAGGAGGGACAUCACGGGAGCGCAAGACAAGGUAAGUGAUCGAGGGAUCCCGGAGCAGCGCUGCAGUGUAAUCCCAAGUGUAGCUCGGGGUUACCGCUUGUGCUACACUCGGGAAUACCGCCAGGGAGGUUA